AUGCUGAGAACUUUGGUCAGAGGCGCAGGCAGAGGCAGCACGAAGCCGUUGGUGAUUGGUGACGAGACUAUUGAUCUGAGGGCCUUUAGAAAUACGCCUGGAAAAGGAUACGUGCCAGACAGAAGCAACUUGCAGGGCGAGUCUGCUCUAUCAAGUAAGCUGCGCAACAGAACACAGCAGCGUCCUCAACAGAAGAAGCCAGUCCAACAGGAAUCUGGUCAGUUCGACGACGCAGAUCACCACGAGCUGCUUAAAACGCUUGGGGAUCGCAAGCAGCGUGGUGGCUUAGACAGCAAAGACAGCAAACCACAAGGGAAGCCACAAAGGCGAGCCAACAACAAGCAAAAAGAGAGACACGAAGAAGAGGGCAAGGAUGUGCAAAGGCGAGCAGCUAAGCAACACAACAAGUCUGAUAGACUGCCUGUCGAUAUCCCGACGAGAAAGAAGAAAGAAGAACGGAAACCAAAGCUCAAGGAGAUUGAAAUUGAUAGAAUGGACUUGUCCGCGUUGGUAUUCGAAAAUCACCAAUCAGGUCCUCUGCCAACGAUCAAGAGGGAUGCUAGGCCUACAGAAGUGAGUGAGGACGAGCGUCGUAAGCUGCAUAUGGAGGCUGUCGGCGGUGAAUACGACAGAUAUGCCAGAUACGACACUCCAGCUCAGAGAGCAAUGAGUGCACAGAAGAUGAUUUCGCUUGACCAAAGACAAGAGAUGAUGGACAACAUCAAUAGAAUUACAAAAGCAGCCUAA